GUGGCGUUUGAACUCAGCUCGUUCGUCUUUGGUAAGAAACGACAGCGCGCUUUAGUUUUGUUUUCUUAUUACGCUUUUAAAAAACAUCGCAUCUGGACACGAAGGAACCGGAUGCCAGGUUGAAACAGAGAUGAGUGACAACAUAAAACUUUUCGUGGGGAAUCUUCCUGCAGACGCUACAGAAGACGAAUUGAACAAACUCUUUGCACCCUUUGGAGAAAUAAACACCUGCUCACUGCUUAGACAAUAUGCCUUUGUAACACUAAAGGGAGAGGGAGCAGCGGACAGGGCCAUAAGGAAUCUCGAUGGCAAAGAGUACAGAGGUAGGCCCCUGGUGGUCGAGGAGUCACGAGCGCGCCCUCCAAACUCCAUUAAAGUGUUUGUUGGAAACCUCAGUGCAACGUGCUCCGCAGAUGACCUGCAUACACUGUUCUCCUCCUAUGGAAAAGUGUUGGACUGUGAUAAAGUCAAAGCACGCUUAUGUUCCAAUGUUGGCUAUGCGUUUGUGCACAUGGAGAGGAGGGACGAAGCCCUUGCAGCAAUUGAGGCCCUGAAUGGGAGCCUCUACAAAGGCCGACAACUGGCUGUGGAGCUAUCAAAAGCUCAACCUUUAGCCAAUCAGAUCGCAGCAGUAGAUGGUUCAGGCAGAGAAGGACUUCUACCCAGGCCUGCCCUGGAGCAUCACCAGAGUCAGGCUGCCGUGCUGGCUGCAGCAGCAGCUGCUGCCGCUGGACUUCCCAUUCAGGUUCAGCAAAGUGUCCACAAUUCAUUCUACAACACCACACCGUUAGAUCCGACUUACACAGCCCUCAGAGGCAUCACCAGUUCAAAAGGAGCAGAUGGAGUCAUAUAUGGGGCUUUGGCCAGCCAAGUCUACGGGUCAGUGGCUGAUAAGGUCUACAAACAGCCCGAGGUCCCUGCUGCCCCUGAUCCUACGACACUGUUUGAGGCAGCCCGGGCCAAGUUUUUUCAAGAUGGACAGAAGGUACUGGCUGAGCAACAGGCAGGAAGUAAGGGUCCACCAGAGACAGAGCGUGACCGUAGCCCCAUUAGAGGGAACCGUGCCCCCCUCCUCCCUGACCCUGUCCCAGGAUCAUUUGGCCCAAACCGACCCAAACGCAGAGCUCUGUUGCCCACACCACCAGGGGCCCCUGAGGAUCCUGCAUCCACCGCUGCAGCUGCUGCCCCUGAAGGAGCUGACCCUGUUGCCAGGUCAUACACUGAAUACUGUCAGCAGAUGCAGCAGUACCAGCAGUAUCAGCAGUACCAACAACAAUACCAGUACCUUCAAUAUGCUUACACCAACCCCCCUCCGCCCCCUCCACCCCCUGCCCCUGCCUCCACUCAGGCCCCACCCUCCACCGCAGCCCAGGCCCCUCCAGGAACAUACUCCGCUCCCCAAACCUACGCCUACCCUCCUCCUGGGAUGUACGACGCUUCAGGGGGCUAUAACAACACUGCAGGCUCCUAUGACGCCUCCUCAGCUGGGACGUACAGCGCGGCAGCCGGGGGCUACGACACAUCCUCAGGCUACACAGCAGGAGCUUAUGGCUCGACGGGAGCUUACCCAACGACACCGUAUGAGCAGACACCCGCACACGGCCAACCCACUGCCCAGCGCAACGAUUACCCAUAUCACACGCCAGAGCCCCCUUAUCGAUAGGCACACACUGCUCCAUACUUUUGCAUUUGUCUAUGACUGACAGAGAGAGUUAAAAUGGACAGAUUAUAAAUAGAGGCUUUACAAUUGGAUUUUUGCAGAAAUAAAGUGUACAUGGUUUUGUAAAAAAAAAAAAAAGUAGUUGAGUAGUUUGAGGAUUUGCAGGAACUGACUUCUAUUGAUGGUUGGCUUUGAAGUCCUCAAUAUGUUCUAUAAAAGGUAUCAAGAAUGGAUGGCUGGUUCACAUUUCUAUAUGGAAAGUAUUUCAAUGUACCAAGGUGUAGGUGGAGGAGCUUGAACAAUGUUUCUGACAGUUUAGCGUUUAUGGAAAUGGUUGUCUGAUUCAGUUUAUCAGAGCGGUCUUCAUGAGGGUUUCCAGACUUUGUAAUAUUUAUAUUUUGGUUAGACAGGAAAAUGAAUAUUGUUAUUUGAGAGCUAUUAGCCAGAGGGUAGUGUUCCUUGUUCCACACACAGAGCCUUGACCAGGGAUGCAGUCAGUGCAUUUGAACUGUAUAUUUACUUUGUUGUGUACCUCAAGCAGAAGAAAAUGGAUGGAUGGUGUACCUCUGAAUAUGUACGAGAGAAAAAAAAACAAUAUUGAUUGAUUUAAUAUUGGAUGGUCAAAGCCAAAAAAAUUACCCCAAAAUAAUUGUGGGAUAAUAGUGAUGGGGUUUUAAUACAUUUAUUCAGUCUACCUUUUAAUUGGUGACUGAUAGAACUAUAGAAUAUUUUUUUUAAGGGAAAUGGAACCUAGUUUUCAUGCAAAUUUGCACCAAUUUUUACAUUUGGAAUGCAAAAACCACAUACAUUUGAAGACUGUUGAUAUGAGGGCCUGUUUUUCAGCUUGUGGUCAAUCGGAGAGAUGUACACACGGCUCUUGUACUUAAGCAGCAGGCAUUUUUAAUAUUUUGGAAUGUAAAACUCUAAACUAGCAGAGGUAAAAGUACAGGUGGACUUUCUUAAAGUUAGUGUUUGCUAUUGAGGUAUAACUUUGUGGCAUGAAGGAUAAAGCAUUUGAGUUGGUACAGUAACAUGACGUUUUGGGGCCACUGCAGAACUGUCCUAACCUGUCCCUAACAUUUCUGAAAGCCAUUGUUGAGACACUCACUCGAGCUCAUGUCUUUACUGCAGAUCACACUUGUGAAGCAGUCUGGAGCUGUGAGGCCGGUGGGAGUGAGCGUAAGUCACACACAGCCUCCACACGCUCCAUCUGAACUGUUAGUUGCAUGCCUUGUUGUUGCUGCUGCUCCAGCCACCUUCUUCCUCUUGCUGAUUAUUGCAGCUAGAGUGGGAGGGAGCCAAACUGAGCCCUUGCCCGGACGCCCCUGUAGCGUGGGAUGGGACUAACAGCAGCGUUAGGCCUGAACUGCUGUGGACACUGAGCUGUCCCGUCGCUAAGGUAACCACUCAGACCACACACGCCCCUCCCUCACACACACACAAACCUGUCCGUCUCCACGACUUCUCUUCUAGGAUCUGGGAAUUUUUCACAUGAAAAAUUACUUCCUCCCGAUUUUUUUGCUUUUUAUUUUAUAUUUUCAAACAUUCCUGCUCCAGAAUGCAUCAAAGACUCCUGCUCCUCCUCCUUGUAGUCUAGGCUCAGUUUUUCAUUUCAACUGAGCUGGGGGUAUGAAUCACUUCAGUUUUGUACUCAAGCCCCAAGGGCCAUAUUGGGCUCAAGUGCCUUGCUCAAGAGCACAGCGAUCACGGCCAUCUUUUUCUGUUAGUUAAUGCUGGCUCAGGAUUGGUUGCUGGUUGAACGCUUGACUCUUCUCAUUUGGCUCUAAAAGGAUAGUUGGUGCCACUGUCGUCUUGUAUGAAUGACAACUUACACAAAAUCAUUUGUUUUAGGCAUUUUGUUCGCUGUUCUUCGAUAUGUUUAUCAAUAAAUAAAUUUCAAUGAAACCAAA